AUGGCGUUUGCUGAUCUGGUGCUUGGAGGUGUGUGUCUUCCUACAUCUGUUUAUGUUCUUGGUACUCGUAACCGGUUAUCGCAAGAACUUACAACUCCAACCAGUUUUUUAAAAAUUGUCGUUACGGUUUUCUCGCAAGCCUCACUCAUUACCGCUGCUUUGAUAUCAGCUGAGAGAUUUUACGCCAUCUAUUGGCCGCUGAAGCACCGAACACUUUCUGCGCGAGCAUACAAGCUGGUUAUUUUGACGGUGUGGAUUGUAGCAACUCUUUUUCAUACGGUUUAUCUUCUGCCAUUCUUCACCCCUCUAGCUGUGUAUACGUUCGUAUCUUUCUACGCUUUGUUUCUAGUUCUCACAAUUUGUGGUUUUAACAUCGGUAUCUGGCGAAAAUGCCAGCAAAAAACUACUUCUCAUCACCAAAACAGA